UGAACUCUGGCUGGUUAUGGAGUACAUGGAUGGAGGUGCCCUGAGCGAUGUCAUCAAUGAGACUCACAUGUCUGAAAGAGAGAUUGCAGCCGUCAGUCGGGAGUGCCUGCGAGGACUGGAUUUUCUUCACUCCAACCACAUGAUCCACCGAGGUCUGAAGAGCUGCAACAUCCUUCUCAGAACCGAUGGCUCUGUCAAACUGGCUGACUUUGGCCUCUUUGCUCAGCUCACUCCUGAGCAGAGUAGACAGAGCUCCGUGGCCAGCACUUCUGUGUGGAUGGCGCCUGAAGUGGUGACAGGUCAACCAUAUGGCCCCAAAGUGGACAUAUGGUCUUUUGGAAUCGUGGGCAUUGAAAUGGUGGAAGGAGAAGCUCCUUACUGGAAAGAAACUUCUGGCAUGCACAUCAGCAUCUGCUGUAGCUUUGGUUGCAUCAGAAGGGAAGUGGCAGUUCAGAAACCUAAGCAGUUCAGACACCUAACCAGUUCAGAAACCUGCCAUUUAGGCCUCCAGCCUCAACUCAUGAUAGCCAGACGAGGGAUACAAAAGCUGCUGCAGCCCAACCUGUUUUCACCUUGGCUGUGUGACUUCCUGAGCUGCUGCCUGCAGGCAGACGAGGAGCGGCUCUGGUCUGCCAAGGAGCUCCUGCAGGCUGAAUAA